AUGAGCUCUUCUCAACCAGAGAGCCAGCCUCUGCUGCACAGCUCUCCAACCAAGGUCAUAGCUUUCGAGCCCCACGAUCCAGACGACCCCCGGAACUGGUCGAAAGCGCGCAAAUGGCUAAUGGUCGCCGCAAUUGUCCCCAUAGACCUCAGUGUCUCCUGGGGCGCGAGUGGCUUUAGUCCUGUCGCUAGCGACUUUGCCAAAGAUAUGGGCGUGUCACCGAGCGUCGCUGUUCUGGGACUGAGCAUUGUAAUACUCUUGCGGAGAGCACGAGCCCUACGACAGCAAACAGGAGACGAGGGGAUUGAGGUGCCAGAUGAAAUGAAGCAACGAGGACCGAAGCAGCUGUUCACUACAGCACUCGCCCGUCCAUUCAGGUUCUUGGGCUCUGAAGCUAUCGUGCAGUUUGGUGCACUCUACAACGGGUUUCUAUACGGCUUGAGCUUCCUCUUUAACGGAGCCUUUCACAUGAUCUUUGGCCCAAACGGAUACGGUUUUGAUACUAUCGGCGUCGGUAUCUGCUUCCUCGGGAUUGUCGUCGGCAUCACAUUUGGCCUAGCGACGAACGUCUUACAAGAACGAUACUACCAAAGACAAGUUGCUCAGGCCGGCUAUCGUGACGUCCCCGAGGCGCGAGUGCAUCACGCGAAGCUGGCAGCUAUUGUGCUACCAGUGUCUCUUUUGGCUUUCGCACUUACCGCAACGCCAAACAUACACCCUUUCUUUGCAGUUCUCGCCAGCGCGUUCUGGGGAUGGUCAUUCUACACUCUCAUUCUUAUGACCCUUACUUACACCGAAGACGCCUACAAAACAUUUUUCGAAACUCUGUACCUGGGCAAGAACGUGGAACGGAUUCCUGUACCCGACGAACUCCACAUUACAAUCGAAUCAGAGAGCCCUGGUCUACUCGCCUUCGAUCUUCCCAUCAGCCACUGA